AUGGCUACCAAAUUGACCACCUGCCGUCCGAUCCUCUGCCAGCUGACGGGCUUCACCCCCCGGGUCUCCUGUCGGUCUAACUCAGGCUUUGGAGGAAUCACCUUGAAUCCAGCGACAGACGCCAGACUCCGCGGUAUCCGACGGAGACAGCUUCAGAACCAACAAUUCGAGGCAGAGAGAGCCCGGGAACAGCGAGCCUUCGACCUACAGAAACAGCAGACCAGAACAUGGCAACCCGGCGACGUGUACUCCCCGCGUGAUUUGAGCCCGGCAGAGAUGAAGAAAUGGAAGAAACGACGCAAUCCUACGACUGAUAUUUUCGAUGCUCUAUCGCUGAACCCUCUACACAUGUACAAGGUAUUUGCGAGGAUUUUUCUCCAUCAAUCUACCGCGUAA